UCUGCGCUGCGGCCGCUCCGGCCAUGGGCCCCCGGAGCCCUGCUCGCCCAGGGGUUGCUGUCGCCUGCGGCUGGCUUCUCACCGUUGUUCUCAGCGUCUGCAUGUCAUUCAAUGUCGACGUGAAGAACUCCAUGACCUUCAGCGGCCCCGUGGAGGACAUGUUCGGGUACACCGUGCAGCAGUAUGAAAAUGAAGAAGGAAAAUGGGUGCUCAUCGGCUCCCCGCUGGCCGGCCAGCCCAGGAACAGGACCGGGGACGUCUACAAGUGUCCCGUGGGCAGAGGAGAGCCGUUGCCUUGCAUGAAGUUGCAUCUACCAGUUAAUACAUCGAUCCCCAAUGUCACAGAAGUAAAGGAGAACAUGACGUUCGGGUCCACGCUGGUCACCAACCCCCAUGGAGGGUUUCUGGCCUGUGGGCCCCUCUAUGCCUACAGAUGUGGACAUUUGCAUUACACCACGGGAAUCUGUUCCGACGUCAGCCCCGCUUUUCAAGUCGUGAAUUCCAUUGCCCCCGUGCAAGAGUGCAGCACCCAGCUGGACAUUGUCAUCGUGCUGGACGGCUCCAACAGCAUCUACCCCUGGGCCAGUGUGACUGAGUUCCUGAACAACCUCCUGGAGAGAAUGGACAUCGGCCCCAAACAGACCCAGGUUGGAAUUGUGCAGUAUGGAGAGAACGUCACCCACGAGUUCAACCUCAGCACCUACGCGUCGACGGAGGAAGUGCUGGUCGCUGCCAACAAAAUAGUCCAGAGAGGCGGCCGCCAGACGAAAACAGCCCUUGGAAUAGACACGGCCAGGAAAGAGGCUUUCACGGAGGCCCGGGGCGCCCGGAGAGGGGUUAAAAAGGUCAUGGUCAUUGUGACCGAUGGCGAGUCUCAUGACAACCACCGACUGAGCCAGGUCAUCCAGGACUGCGAGGACGACGGCAUCCAGCGGUUCUCCAUAGCUAUCCUUGGCAGCUACAGCCGAGGAAAUUUAAGCACCGAAGCCUUUGUGGAGGAAAUCAAGUCGAUCGCGAGCGAGCCCACUGAAAAGCACUUCUUCAACGUCUCUGACGAGCUGGCCCUCGUCAGCAUCGUGGAGGCUCUGGGGGAGAGAAUAUUUGCCCUGGAAGCCACGGCUGACCAGUCGGCGGCUUCGUUCGAAAUGGAGAUGUCGCAGACCGGCUUCAGUGCACACUACUCACAGGAGUGGGUCAUGCUGGGCGCAGUAGGAGCCUACGAUUGGAAUGGGACGGUGGUCAUGCAGAAAGCAAGUCAAAUCGUCAUCCCCGACAACACCACCUUCAACGUGGAGCCCGCCAAAAGGAAGGAGCCGCUCGCUUCCUAUCUAGGGUACACGGUCACCUCCGCCACCGUCCCGGGAGACGUGCUGUACAUCGCGGGCCAGCCCCGGUACAACCACACGGGCCAGGUGGUCAUCUACCGGAUGGAAGGUGGGGACGUCCAGAUCCUGCAGACCCUCCAUGGAGAGCAGAUCGGCUCCUACUUCGGCAGCGUUCUAACCACGGUGGACGUGGACAGAGACUCUAACACCGACAUCUUGCUGGUUGGGGCGCCCACGUUCAUGGGCGCGGAGAAGGAGGAGCAAGGGAAGGUGUACGUGUACUCUGUGGACCAGACAAGGUUUGAAUACCAAAUGAGCCUGGAGCCCGUUAAACAGACCUGCUGUUCGGCCCUGAAGCACAAUUCGUGCACCAAAAAGCACAAACACGAGCCCUGCGGGGCCCGUUUCGGGACGGCGAUCGCGGCUGUGAAGGACCUCAACCUGGACGGACUGAACGACGUGGUGAUCGGCGCGCCGCUGGAAGGCGACCACGCGGGCGCGGUGUACAUCUACCACGGCAGCGGCCGGACGCUGCGCAGACAGCACGUGCAGCGUAUUCCAUCCGGUGGAGACGGCGAGACGCUGAAAUUCUUCGGCCAGUCCAUCCACGGAGAAAUGGAUCUAAACGGGGACGGUCUGACAGAUGUGACGAUCGGCGGCCUGGGUGGUGCUGCCCUCUUCUGGUCCCGAGAUGUGGCUGUCAUUAAAGUGACCAUGAGUUUUGAGCCAAACAAAGUGAAUAUUCAGAAGAAAAACUGUCGCAUGGAGGGAAAGGAAACAGUGUGCAUCAAUGCUACAGUGUGUUUUCAGGCGAAACUGAAGUCUAAGGAAGACACGGUUUACGAAGCUGAUGUGCAGUACCGCGUCACGCUGGAUUCGCUCAGACAGAUAUCGCGCAGCUUUUUCUCCGGAACCCAGGAGAGGAAGGUUCAGAGGAACGUCACCGUCCGGGGCUCCAGAUGCACCAAGCACUUCUUCUACAUGUUGGACAAGCACGACUUCCGGGACUCUGUAAGGGUAACCUUGGAUUUCAACCUUAUCAGUCCAGACAAUGGGCCCAUUCUGGACGAUUCGCUGCCCAGUUCAGUACAUGAAUAUAUCCCCUUCGCCAAAGACUGCGGGAACAAGGACAAGUGCAUCUCGGACCUCGCCCUGGGCGUCUCCACCCCGGAACACAGCCCGCUGCUCAUCCGGUCCCACAGCGACAAGUUCAACGUCAGCCUCACGGUCAGAAACAAGGGCGACAGUGCCUACAACACCAGGACCAUGGCGCACUACUCCCCGAACCUCAUUUUCUCCGGGAUCGAGGCUAUCCAAAAAGACAGCUGCGAAUCCAAUCACAACCUCACGUGCAAAGUUGGAUACCCGUUCCUGAGGAGAGGAGAAAUGGUGACUUUCAAAAUAUUAUUCCAGUUCAACACGUCCUAUCUCAUGGAAAAUGUGACCAUCCACUUAAGCGCAACAAGUGACAGCGAAGAACCCGAGGAAACCCUUUCUGAUAACGAGGUCAGCAUUUCCCUCCCAGUGAAGUACGAAGUCGGACUCCAGUUUCACAGCUCUGCCAGCGAAUACCAUAUUUCGAUUGAGGCCAAUGAGACGCUGCCUGAAGCUAUUAAUUCUACCGAGGAUGUUGGAAGUGAAAUUAAUAUCUUCUACUUGAUUGGGAAAAGCGGACAUUUUCCGAUGCCAGAACUUAACCUGUCGAUUUCAUUCCCCAACCUGACAUCAGACGGUUACCCUGUGCUGUACCCCAGUGGGUGGUCGUCUUCCAACAACGCACACUGCAGACCCGACGACCUUCGGGAUCCUCUUGGUCUCAACUCUGGGAAGAAGACGAGGAUGCUCAAGCCCGAGGAUGUCAAUCGAGACGCCAUUGUGGACUGCCGCGCGUGCAAGCUGGCCACCAUCACCUGCAGUCUGACCCCCUCUGACGCGAGCCAGGUGAACGUGUCCCUCGUCCUGUGGAAACCGACCUUCAUAAAGGCACGCUUUUCCAGCUUGAAUCUCACGGUGAGGGCAGAGCUUCGGAGUGGGAACUCGUCCCUGGUGUUGAGUCCUGGCAAUCAGAACAGGCAGCUUGCUAUUCAGAUAUCCAAAGACGCGCCGCCGGGCAGGGUGCCCCUGUGGGUGAUCCUGCUGAGUGCCUUCGCCGGCUUACUGCUGCUGAUGCUGCUCAUCCUGGCUCUCUGGAAGGUUGGAUUCUUCAAAAGACCACUAAAAAAGAAAAUGGAGAAAUGAAGUACUUCACAAGAGAAAAAAUAAUUAUUCAAUGAUUUAUUCUCAGGUUUGCCUCAUACAUGUGACAAGAAAUUUAUAAAUAUAAUUAAAGACAUAGUCACAUAAAUAUAUAUAAUCCAUCAGGGUUAAUCACUUGGAAAAUGACAGACCAAGGAAGAUCCAAAAACAAUACCAUUUAACCUUCUAUAAAAUGAUGAAAACUAUUUUUAAAUAUUAACUCAUUUUUGGAGUAUUUAAGCAAAAUUACAGUGUUUUGAAGAUACAGAAUACUUAUACAAAUAUGUUUAUAUAUUAAGUCACCAUUCAAAGUAUUUAAGGAGUGCAUUAAAAGAUUUUUAUCAUUGAAACAUUUACGUUCAGAACAACAUGAACUACGCUUUUUCUGUUGAUUCCUGAUGAAUAUAUGUCCAGCCUGACAGUUAACAUUGCAGUGAGACACAUUUCCCAGGCGGAGGCUGCCCUUGGACCGAAGUGAAACUAAAUGACAGAGAACACAUUCAGUACCUUUGUGCUGGAGUCAGCCCUGGGACAGUUUUCUUUCCAGAGUGUUUGGAAAAUAGUGUCAUUGAGCUGAAAUUCUAUCUGUGAUGGAAAAAUCAAGAUAGACUUAUUUAAAAGCAAGUGCACUGAAUGGACUAAUUUAAGCUUUUACAAAACGUGCUUAAUUUUGAUAUAGAGCUCCAAAGCUCAAGAUUCUUUUAUACUGAAAAAAAAGAAA